GUUCUCUCUCUAUACUGCUCGAGUUAGAGCACUGUUUAUCAAAAGACUUGGUCGAUCGAAAACGAGGGGUUUUUUCUCCUUUCCUUCGCAUUGUUUUGUUUGGGUUGUCUUAUCUUUAAAUGCAGCAGCGUGUUGACCCGACGAGAUCGUAGUUAUAGAUUGACAGGAAGGAAUGAGCAACGGAUCGGUGGUACCAGUGGCCGCCAAGGCGGACGACGAAGAUAUCUGGGUUUGCAGGAGGUGUGGCUGGACAUACCCAAAUCACCAUCCCAGCGCCAGGCACCGCAGGAAUCACAGGAAGCAUUGCGGUAAAGUCAAAGGGUUUGAAGCAGGUGAAGUGGUGAAGCAGCCUGAGCAACUAGAUCACGGAUCAUCUGACGAUGUUUCCUCGGGCGAAGAGAAGAGUGUUCAUCAACGACAAGUUUCAGAGGCUGCUAGUGGUGUUACUGCCGCUGCUGUAGCUCCUGAGACACACCAAACUGUCGCUGAAGGCGGUGUCGAGGAUAAAACGCCGAGCUCAACAGUGGGUCUAACGGGAGAAUUGAUUCCAGCUCAAGAUGAGGCUGCUUCACAUCCAGAGCAAGACGCUCCUGCUUCCAGCGACGAACCUUCAGAUCUGUGGGAACAGCUGCUGGAUGCUCAGGUGGCUGGAACACCACCAUCACGACUGGAAGCCGCGCAUGCAAAUACUGAAAACUCGUCCAUUGAGGAAGCUUCUGCUUCUCAUAAAGAUGAGUUUGGUGGAGAGGACGUUCCUUUAAACCCUUUCGUACCUCCGUCUCCCGUUGUCCAUCACGAAGGCAUCCAUGUAGCUGAAAGCGGCCAACUGGAAGAGAUUCCAAUCCACUCCGAAAAGAAUCCUUUUCUACACCCUGAUUCUCCAGUGUCAGGGACACAACGUGUUGACAAAGAAAAGGCCGAAGCCUCGUCGUCCACAUCCUGGGAUAGCAUCAAGCCACAUGUCGCCUUGAAAUCACUCUUUGACGAGGACCGGACAAGGCAAGCUGAUCGAUACUACUUGGAGGAGGGCCAAGCUCCGGUGCCGGAUGUGCCACCACCCAAGCGUACCAACAGCAACGUCCUGAUGAAAGCCAUUGAGAAUGUCAGAAACCCCUCGCCAAAGUUUAGUGGCGGCGGUGGUAGCGGUGGUAGCGGUGGUGGCAACCAGCAUAAGCAGCAGCGAUCAUGGUGGAGCAACUACAUUUGUUGCACGCCGAGAAUCAGCUAGCAAUUUUUGGACACACAGGGAAUUUAUGCCAGACUAUCAAAAAUAGGAGUAAGAUUGUUUUGUGUCACUGCUUAGGAACUAUCUUGGUAACAUGAAUUUCAUGUAAACAAGGAGUUUAAGCCAAAAAGUCAAUGAAAGCCAAAUAAUACGA